CCCGCCCCAUCCGCGCUUGGGCGUGGCUUGCUGGGAGGCGGAGCUUGCUGGGAGGCGGGGACUCUGGAAUCCGGAAACACCUGCGUCUCCCUGGUCCGUAGCAGAUUCAGUCCUGCAGUUUUUUUUUCUGCAGGCUCCGGCGUGCUGGGUCUGCUGCGACUUCUUGCUAGGCCCCCUGGGGCGGCCCGGCGCCUGCCACGACCUGGGCCGCGGCCUGGUGCCCUGCUGUGGGGCCGCCAUUGGCUGGAGCCAUGCCCACGGCUGCUGCCCCCAUCAUUAGCUCGGUCCAGAAGCUCGUUCUGUAUGAGACCCGAGCUAGAUACUUCCUAGUUGGAAACAAUCAUGCGGAAACGAAAUACCGUGUCUUGAAAAUUGAUAGAACAGAGCCAAAAGAUUUGGUCAUAAUUGAUGAUCGACAUGUGUACACUCAACAAGAAGUGCGGGAACUUCUUGGCCGCCUGGAUUUAGGAAAUAGAACAAAGAUGGGACAGAAAGGAUCCUCUGGAUUAUUUCGGGCAGUCUCAGCUUUUGGUAUUGUAGGUUUUGUCAGGUUUCUAGAAGGCUACUAUAUUGUUUUAAUAACUAAACAGAGGAAGAUGGCAGAUAUUGGAGGUCAUGCGAUAUAUAAGAUUGAAGAUACAAAUAUGAUUUAUAUCCCCAAUGACUCUGUGCGGGUUACUCACCCUGAUGAAGCUAGAUACCUACGGAUAUUUCAAAAUGUGGAUCUAUCUAGCAAUUUUUACUUUAGUUAUAGCUAUGAUUUGUCCCACUCACUUCAGUAUAAUCUCACUGUCUUGCGAAUGCCCCUGGAGAUGUUAAAAUCAGAGACAGCCCAGAGUCGCCAGGAGAGUUUCGACAUCUUUGAAGAUGAAGGAUUAAUUACACAGGGUGGCGGUGGUGUCUUUGGGAUCUCUAGUGAGCCUUAUAUGAAGUACGUGUGGAACGGUGAACUUCUGGAUAUAAUUAAAAACACUGUGCACCGUGACUGGCUGUUAUAUAUUAUUCAUGGGUUCUGUGGGCAGUCAAAGCUCUUGAUCUAUGGACGACCAGUGUAUGUUACUCUAAUCGCUAGAAGAUCCAGUAAGUUUGCUGGGACCCGAUUUCUGAAGAGAGGUGCAAACUGUGAGGGUGACGUUGCAAAUGAAGUGGAGACGGAGCAGAUACUCUGCGAUGCUUCUGUGAUGUCUUUUACUGCUGGCAGUUAUUCUUCUUACGUGCAAGUUAGGGGAUCUGUUCCUUUGUAUUGGUCCCAGGACAUCUCAACUAUGAUACCAAAGCCGCCUAUUACGUUGGACCAGGCAGAUCCAUUUGCACAUGUGGCUGCUCUUCACUUUGACCAGAUGCUUCAGAGGUUUGGCUCUCCCAUCAUCAUCUUGAAUUUAGUGAAGGAACGAGAGAAAAGAAAGCAUGAACGAAUUCUGAGUGAAGAGCUCGUGGCUGCUGUGACCUACCUUAAUCAGUUUCUGCCUCCCGAGCACACAAUUGUCUACAUCCCCUGGGACAUGGCCAAGUACACUAAAAGCAAGCUGUGUAAUGUUCUUGAUCGAUUGAAUGUGAUUGCAGAAAGUGUGGUAAAGAAAACCGGUUUCUUUGUAAACCGCCCUGAUUCUUACUGCAGCAUUUUACGCCCAGAUGAAAAGUGGAAUGAACUAGGAGGAUGUGUGAUUCCCACUGGUCGACUGCAGACUGGCAUUCUUCGAACCAACUGUGUAGACUGCUUAGAUCGUACCAACACAGCCCAGUUCAUGGUAGGCAAAUGUGCUCUGGCUUAUCAGCUGUAUUCCUUAGGACUGAUUGACAAACCUAACCUACAGUUUGACACGGAUGCGGUAAGGUUAUUUGAAGAACUCUAUGAAGAUCACGGUGAUACUCUGUCCCUUCAGUAUGGUGGUUCUCAACUUGUUCACCGAGUAAAAACCUACAGAAAAAUAGCACCAUGGACCCAGCACUCCAAAGACAUCAUGCAAACUUUGUCUCGAUACUACAGCAAUGCCUUUUCAGAUGCUGAUAGACAAGAUUCCAUUAACCUCUUCCUGGGAGUUUUCCACCCCACAGAAGGGAAGCCUCAUCUCUGGGAACUCCCAACAGAUUUUUAUUUGCAUCACAAGAAUACCAUGAGACUUUUACCAACAAGAAGAAGUUACACUCACUGGUGGACCCCAGAGGUGAUAAAGCAUUUACCAUUACCUUAUGAUGAAGUUACCUGUGCUGCAAACUUAAAGAAGUUGAUAGUGAAGAAAUUUCACAGAUAUGAAGAAGAGAUUGAUAUUCACAAUGAAUUCUUCCGACCAUACGAAUUGAGCAGUUUUGACGAUACCUUUUGCUUGGCCAUGACAAGUUCAGCACGUGAUUUUAUGCCUAAGACUAUUGGCAUUGAUCCAAGUCCAUUUACUGUACGGAAACCAGAUGAAACCGGAAAAUCUGUACUGGGAAACAAAAGCAAUAGAGAAGAAGCCGUAUUACAGCGGAAGACAGCAGCCAGCGCCCCGCCACCACCUAGCGAGGAGGCCUUAUCGAGUAGCUCUGAGGAUGACUCUGGCACUGACCGGGAAGAUGAGGGCUCUGUGUCUCAGCGCUCCACUCCCGUGAAGAUGACGGACACCGGAGACAGUGCUAAAGUGACUGAGAAUGUGGUCCAGCCCAUGAAAGAAGUAUAUGGAAUUAACCUCUCUGAUGGCCUCUCAGAAGAAGAUUUCUCCAUUUAUGCCAGAUUUGUUCAGCUGGGGCAGAGUCAACAUAAACAAGACAGGAGUAGCCAGCAGCUGUGCUCCAGGUGCUCAGAUGGUGUUAUAAAAUUUUCUCAAGGAGAAUGUAAAGAGUAUAUUAAAAAUACCAGAGACUAUGGCUUGAACAUGGAAAGGACUAUUGCGGCCAUUCAUGUGUGCUUGGAGUAGUCUGUUUCUUCUGUCUCCUUGGGGAACAAACACUCAACUACUGGAAGCAUCCAAUGCCUGCCAGAACCUUCUAGGGCUGGAGUCACCUAGGUGCCUGGUACCUGCUCCACCUGACAAGAGGGCUGCUGGGGCUGGAUGUCCUUUCCCCACUAGCUGGCUGUUAUGGACAGCGGUCAGUUGCAGAAAGCCUAAUGCACUCUGGGCAUAGUGAAGAGAAAGUGAUUUAUUCCACGGUCUCGGGUAGCUUUCAGAAUCACUGGGGAGCAGAAGAAGCAGACUGUAGACCAAGCUUCCAGAACCUUCCUCAGACCAUCUGGCAAACCAGCAAGGAGCUUCUGCCUCUGCCUUCACUAGGAAGCUGACACAAGCAGCAGCUGGCUCCAAAACCAGCCUCCUCAGCUCUAUUCAGAAUUUGCCACUGCAUUAGCCAAAGAGUACAUCACUUUUGCCACAGUCUACAAAAUAAAACCAAGAACCUAA